AUGGUUAUAAACCUCUGCUGUGCUGCACAAUUCAAGCAAUCUGAAAUUAGCUGUUUCACUGGCAGCCUUUGCACUUUCACAUUUAAAUGUAAUACAUUAAGCAUCUUCAAUUGCAUCUGGUGGAGAGGGGAAAAUGUAUGCUUUACUGAGCCUCUCAACGCAAAUUUACUAGAUGUCCUGUUGCAGGUCACACAUCCUGGUAAGUGUACCCUGGAUUACUACAGGAAUAACAGCAUGGUGCUGUCCCUGUGUGAAAAGCAAGUGAACAGCACAGACUUCAUGUGUGACAUGAGGCAGGUCAGGCAGUUUGCUCAAGCCUUCCUGCCAGUGUUUUUCUGGCUCAUCUUUGCUGUGGGCACAGUGGGGAACACCUUGGUCGUGCUUGUCUAUUGCAAAUAUCACUUCAGGAGGAGCCUGAUGGAUCAGUACCUGCUGCACCUGGCCAUUGCUGACCUCCUGCUCCUUUUCACCUUCCCCUUCUGGGCCCAGGCUGCUUCCAAUGGAUGGAUCUUUAAGGACUUCAUGUGCAAAGUUGUCAACAGCGUGUAUAAGAUCAACUUCUAUGGCUGCAGCUUGCUACUAACCUGCAUCAGCUUUGACAGGUACAUCACUAUAGUCCAAGCGAUGAAAGCUAAAACUUGUAAGCAAAGGUGGCUCCUGCGCAGCAGGCUCAUGUGCCUGGCUGUCUGGCUGACAUCUGUGUGCCUGUGCAUCCCAGAAAUCAUUUACAGCCAGAGCACACAGGUAGGUGAUGUAACAGUUUGCAAAAUUAUGUACCCACCAAAUAUUGGUGUGAUCUUCAGAGUUACAGUCCUGGCCUUGAAAGUCAUCAUAGGAUUCUUCCUCCCUCUCUUUGUCAUGGUGAUUUGUUACGCCCUUAUCAUCAAAACCCUCCUACAAGCCAAAAGAUUCCAAAAGCAGAAGUCACUGAAGAUUAUCGCCUUGAUCAUCACUGCUUUCCUCCUCUCUCAGUUCCCAUACAAUAUUUUUUUGCUGGUCAAAGCCAUCAACACCUACACUGGGGUGGUGCACAGUUGUCAGGCUGCCAACCAGCUGGACAUUGGACUGCAGGUCACCCAGAGCAUCGCCUUCCUCCACAGCUGCCUCAACCCCUUCCUCUAUGUCUUUGCUGGCGAGCGGUUCAGGAUGGCGCUGGGCAGGAUGAUGCAAAGCUGUGGAUGCUACUGGAGCGGGGGCCAGGAGCACUCCUCUGCCUGUGACAGCCAGGAGCACAGCUCAAACUGGUCCUUUGCCAUGCUGGGGAGGCGGCGGGUCAGGAACUCCCUGAUCCUCAACACUUACUGGACCUCCUCUGUUGUGUCUCCUUCUUGA